AUGUUUAUGGAUACUCCUGCUAUUCUCACGUUUAAUUACCCUCUCCUCCCCUCCUCUCCACAGUCGGACAAGGUCUGCAAUACCACUGUGUCCUCUGCAAUAUGGGAAGCUCACUUCCAAUAUGUAUUCAACGAUAUCCCCUUUGUCAGCAACCGAAUUGCUGCCAUUGCAGUUUCGCACAUUCGAAGACUCGAACUAGAAGAAUUUCUUAGAAGAGCGACUUAA